CAAAACCCAAAGGUCAAGAAGCAAAGGAAAGAGGAUCGGUACAGGAUAAAUAAGGCACCAGGGAUGACAAGUUUCCACGACUAUCUAAGGUCCCUAGAGGAUCAAGCCGAAAAGAGGACCCAAACGAGGACAAACCAGUAUGCAGGAACGAGCUUGACAGACUUAAAGGAGGCCAGGCAUUCGUUUGCCGUGGGGAGUAGUCGGAGCAGAUGGAUGACAAUGGCCAAGACGUCGAACACCGUCGUCCCUGGAACAGACAGGGCGGCAGAGAUGAUUUGUCGGACAGUGGAGAAAUGGAUGGCAAGUUUAGAGGGGCGAGUCUUUCACCAAGACACCUUAAGAGAAGGAAGUUGCAAGGCAGAAGAAAUUGCUCUGACCGGGGUAGCAGCAGGAGCACACAAAUGUAAGCCAAACCCAAGCCACCUGAGAUGGACUCAGUUUGGCAAGAGGACAGAACUGGAUCCUGACAAGCAGGAGCAGAGGAGUCUGAUGAUUUGUAUGGACAUUAUUUCAAUAAUCUGGACAGUCUACCAAAACGUGAAGCAACAGGACGGGCGCAUAGAAUAUGAAGGCGUUGAUAUAUGCAAAGUCUUAAGGAAAUGGUUCGAGGAGUGGGGAGGGAAAAAGGUCUCAGAACGUCUUAUGGCACUUUUGUAUUCACAAGGGCAGGAGAUGGAGCUGGCAACCCACGUUAAGAUAAAAAUGAGCGACCGAGCAGAUAGAUUCUGGGCGAGGAUGAUUGGUCACCAACUAAUCUAUCUUUGGGGAGUACAGUGUCCAGGGACAUAUCACGACGGAGAGCAACCAGAUCAUUCCUGCGUCUAUGUGAAGAACGCAGGGGACUGUCAGAUCCUUGACGAUAGCACAUUCCAGCAAUGGGAGGUGAGCAUAGGAGUACUAAAAAGUUACUUGAGAGGAGCGUCAAACAGAGUGAGGGUAAGGGCUAUGGCCCCACAAUCCCGACCCCAGGAAUGA